AUGAAGUCCACCACCGCCAUCGUGGCCCUCGCCGCCGCCGUCCACGCAUCGCCUCUCUCCAAAAGACAGGACAACAAAGUCCCCGACGUCUGGGAGAACAAAGACACUCUGUGCAAAGGCUGGGUCCUCAACACGCCAGAGGAAGCCGACACGCUCUGGACAAUGAAAACUAAAGCCGGCGAUCACCUAGAUUACUUCCUGCGUGAACAAUGGGAACACCAAAAUAACUGGCUUAUCAACCUCGAGGACCGAGUCUAUGCCGGCACAGAUGGAAAGUCUGGCGCCGCUGGCUGCAGUGGUCUCGAUCAUGAAUGCAGUCCCAUGAACAACAUGGAGUGCACGGAGCAAUAUGAGAAGUUCGGUACCGACGACCCCCUUAGCAAGACGUCGUACUGGAUAUUCCAGGCUGCUAAGGGCAUGCACUCCAAGUUCAAGGCACUCAAGACCAAGAUCACUGAAAAGACUAUCAUCAGCAGUCUCAGAAUCGGUCAGAUGGUCUCCGACUUUGGCGGAAACGAGGACGAUACUGGCGAUAUGGUCAAAUGGCUGGCUUCAGCUAGUGCAAUUGGCGGUGCUCUCAGCGGUCUAUCUGCAAACCCUGGCUUCGGAGUAGGCCUAUACCUCUUUGGCGGUAUCUUCUCCGCCUUCGGCAACCUCAAGCAAGAGGAGAUCGACCAGGGCAGUAUCUCAGCUGGUUUGGCCGAUCUAUUCGAAGCAGCCGUCGACCGGCUCGAUGAAACCAUGCGCAUUGUCAUGGGCGGCGGCACAGAGGAACAGUACAAUGCACUCAAGACGUCCAACCCGGAUCCCUACAAGCUUCCCGUUGCAAACUUCUUCAACGGCGGGUUUUUUCUUCUUAACGAUAACUCGGAGGCUGUUCAGCUUGCGCUUAACUCCGUCUACGGGAACAUCCAGCCUAAGGUCGCCAACAACGUCAUGAAGGCUGCGCAGUUCCACCUCGUUGCUGAUAAGCGCCGCACAAGCCGUGAGGACUGCGGUUACGAAACAGGUCGUCAGUGGAUGGCUCUUCGAGAAGGUGAAGAGUACUGUUUCUACAUUAUGCGUCAUGAUCCCAAGCCUAACCGUGUUGGAGACUGGGCUGAGGUCUCUGGUGAGGUGUAUGACAAGAUGGCUAGCUAUGGGCUUGGGAACAGGGAGGUCUACUACCGUGCUAUUCUGGACUGUGCGCUUAGUCCCAAUGACAAUGUUGACUUGGGGAGCUUGGUUGGUGGCGAGAUUCCGACUUGCUACUUUGAUCUUCCUGCUGUGUACGUUGAUAAGGAUCGAGAGGUCGGAUGCGGUGAUCCAUUCAGCACUGCUGAGUGUGAUUACAUCAGUGCCACAAAGAUUGAGUAG